GUCAGCAGAGGACAACUGGCUGACUAUGUGUACCUGUAUGCUGCUCAUGCCCUCACAGGAUGCGGCACCACAUGUUCAAUGAACAGGAUAGGAAAGAAAACGGCGUACUCGAAACUGGUGAAACAUGCGGACAGUCUGACAAACCUCAAGUCAUUCCAUGAAGACGACAUAAAGGAGAGCAUCACGGUAGCCCGUAGCUACACACUACUCCUCUACGGGAAGAAGCAAAUGGACACACUUGAUGAGUUGCGGUACAUCAUGGCUACAAUGACAGACAAGUAUGCAUCCAUGCUUCCUCAAACAGUAGAUGCCUUCCAACAACAUGUCCUGCGCGCAAAGUACCAAACACGGAUUUGGUGCAGGAGUCACAUCCCCAACCAAGAGUUGAUCGAACCGGUUGGCCAUGGUUGGUCCGCUUGUGAUGAUGGAGGCAUUACACAGACGUUGUUCACUCAGCCAUCAGCUCCAGUUGAAGUUCGAGACCUGACACAUUUCUACUGCACAGACAAAGACUGCUUGAGUGCGAGGAAAUGUCCUUGUCUCCUUGCUGGACUAGAGUGCAUCGAUGCUUGUUCAUGUACUGACUGAAAAUCAGAACACCAUACCAGAAGAGGGAAGUGGCACAUAGAUUUGUGUUGAUAAGUGGCUAUUGACAUCAUGGCCCACAGUGUUAUGUAACCAUUUAGCAUUGUUGUAAACAGGGUUCAUGUACCAUGUUGUACUCAGCCUUCAUCAUGCUUCAACUGAUUUUUAUAUCAAUGCUACAUCCAGACUGAUGGAUAUAUAGGCCUUCAGUCAGGUAGACCUAUGAUACUAUUGUACCAUGUAUUGGUGGCAGUAUGCAUGGAAACGUUCUUUAUUAUGGUAAACAUUAUC